AUGGCAGACGUCACAGAAGUCUCAGUCUCCCAGAUACAAUCCGAACCCCCAGCAAGCGGAACAGAGAAGUCAGCCAUAGAAACUCUCAACGACCAAAUACGCCAAUUUCUCAAGCCAGCAGAUGGCAAUGGCAAUCGACUGCCUCCCAUGACAUUUGCCAACGAUCCCGAGCGGCCCAAGAAAGGAGAGCCAAUCCAAUUAUCUCCAGUCGACUACACUGUGGCCGAACUCCAACAGCGACUCGACUAUGCCGCCAAAUUGGUGACCCGAAAGGUCUCCCCGGCCACAUGGGCGUUUGCAAUCAAGUAUAGAGCUGCCGCCCAAGCUGCUAUCGCGGCUGAGAUAGAUGAAGAACCGGCACUGUCACCGGAGGAGCGAUCAUCACCAAAGGAACAGGUUCAAACGUAUGACGCAAUACUCGAGUAUCCCCGAAGCCUGUACUAUAUCCCGACAGAGGGGAUGAAGUUGCUGCUUGACAGUGCCAGACAAUUGCAGAAGAUGCAGUUGUUCGCCACAUACCGAGACUAUCUACCACUAUCUUGCAAAGCGGUAGCUAGAGCUGUCAAGGAAAAUGAAGACCUCAAUCCCUACCACAAGUCACCGUUCUCCGAAUGGUGGAUGGAGCUCCAGAAGAACAUUAGAAAGGAGCGAGAUGCGGAAACGCAGAAGCCAGAUCAAAAACCUCCGGUCCCCAGGGCCAGCAUAGUACGGGCGGUCAAAAACUGCGCUACAACCCUGAAGAUUGAUGAGGAGCAACUGUUCCGUACUGUCGAGCAGCUUUACGGCAAGUUGGCCAAUAUUCUACACCGAGACCUGUGUACCGUCGAAAGCUUGAAUGCCGACGGAAACGACAGGUCUCUUUUGUAUAUCCGAGCCACCAUCAAGCGCCUCGUCGAGCACUGCUUUACAUACGACACCGACGAAGAACACGAGCCUGACACGUGGACGCUCACUGACGUGGGCAGGAAACAGAAGAGGCGCAAGGAUAAGCAGCAGUCCGAAGACCCAGACCGCGCGGCCGCAGAUGUCCAGUUCCAAGAUUUGAUCAAGACCGAGGCUGCAGACGAAGUCGAGAGUCGCCAGAAGUGGGAGAAAAUGCUAAAUGCAAUGCGACGACUCUCUGCCAUGAGAAAGGCAAUUGCAGAGAGGCAAGAAUCGACAAGGACUUGA